AUGGGACCCUGCAGGGAGACGACUGGAGCUAACGACCUAACCUCUAGGAAGGCCGAGGUCAGUACGCCCAAGUACCUGGCCAACAAGAUGAAGGCCAAGGGUCUGCAGAAACUGCGAUGGUACUGCCAGAUGUGCGAGAAGCAAUGUCGUGACGAGAACGGCUUCAAGUGCCACACGAUGAGCGAGUCCCACCAGCGGCAGAUUAUGCUGUUUGCGGGGAAUGCGGGCCGCUUCAUCGACAGCUUCUCGUCGGAAUUUAUGACCGGAUAUCUGCAGAUUCUACGGCGCCAGUUCGGUACGAAACGAGUUGCGGCGAACAAGGUUUACCAGGAGUACAUCUCCGAUCGGCACCAUCUGCACAUGAACGCGACCAAGUGGCACUCGCUGUCGGAUUUUGUCAAGUUCCUUGGCCGGAACGGACACUGCGUGGCGGACGAAACCGAGAAGGGUUGGUACAUCAGUUACAUCGACCGCGACCCGGAAACGCUGGCCCAGCAGGAAAAGAUGGCCAAAAAGCAGAAGAUGGACAAGGACGACGCGGAACGGCUGGCGGAAUUUAUCGAGGAGCAAGUCAAGCGCGGUCACAAGGAGGAAGAACCGAGCACUUCCGCGUACUCGGAGUUGAAACGCGAAAACGAGGAGGAACCCAUCAAGAUAGCGCUGUCUCUGGGGUCCAGCUCAAAAAUGGAUAUCAAGCCAAUCAAGCUGGAGAAGCGACCGCUGGAGGUGGCCGAUGAGUUUAGGAAGGAAAAGAAGCACAAACCGGGAGAGUUCAAAAAGCCGUCCGCGCUGGAUGAACUUAUAAAAGAGGAGGAGAGAAAGAAAGAGAAGAACAACCGGAAGGACUACUGGCUGGCGGAGGGAAUCGUGGUCAAGUUGGUGGCGAAAUCACUCGGCGAGAAGUACUACAAGGAGAAGGGUGUCGUGACGGAAGUGAUUGAUAAGUAUCGGGCCAAGAUUCGGCUGUUGGAGACCGGGGAUAAGCUGAAGGUGGAUCAGGCCCACCUGGAAACUGUCAUUCCGUCAAUCGGGAAGCAGGUGCUCGUGCUAAACGGCGGCUAUCGCGGAAACACGGCCACCCUCAAGGAAAUCGAUACCGACAACUAUUGCACGACGAUCGAAAUCGCGUCCGGCCCACUGAAGGGGCGCAUCGUCAACAACGUUCAGUACGAGGACAUAAGUAAGCUAUUCGGUUAAGUCUGCACAGAAGUGCGUGAGGAAGGAACUAGGUUAGUUGAAAUGAAAGAAAAAAUAAACCAAUUUCGAACAAAAAAA